UGUUUGUAUUCUUAGACCUAACUCUGUUUCGCCUGUAACAUGGACGAAGACAUUGCUCUCGCCGAUUCAUUCAUCAAUUUUGAUUAUGCUCUCCAGAUUUCCCCUUCUCACAACGCUCCCGAUCCACCUAUCGGAUCCGGGUCUUCCAUGUCGGAUCCUCCCGCCAUCGAUUCAACUAUUCAAGAAAGGAUUGACGAUAUCACUUCUGUUGAAAAUGAAGGAAGUGUAAAUGAAGGAAUUGGAAACGACGAAAUUAGUGCCGAGGUUGUCGCAAACGAUGAUGCUAAUGAAAUCCAAAUCGAAGUUGAGAGUGAAAGUUCCGAGAGUGAAAGUGAAAGUUCUGAGAGUGAAAGUGAAAGUUCUGAGAGUGAAAGCAGUAGCAGUAGUAGUAGUGAAAAUAUUGAGGAGUAUGAAUUGGAGGAAGGUGAGAUAGUAGAUUCUGAUGCUGCUGUUGAUGAUGAAAGCGAAGAUGAUAUUGCUAGCUGGAGCGUUGGUGUUCAUGAUGAAGAUCGGUCUCGUGGAAAACCUGUUAGGUCAAAAAACGAGCUUGAGAAUCUUCCUAUGGUUCCUCCUGUGAAUGUGAACUUGGGACCACAUCAUCAAAUGCUGCCUGUGGGAGUUGUCACAUCAAUUGUUGCUGCUCAAGUCAUUGUGGAAGGGAUGGAGAAGCAUGAGCCUCUUAAUGAGGGUUCCAUUCUCUGGAUUACUGAAAAGCUAACACCACUAGGUUUAAUUGAUGAGAUCUUUGGACCAGUUGUGAGUCCCUACUAUGUUGUGAGAUACAAUUCUGCAAAUGAAGUCCCAGAAGGGAUCCGCGAGGGAACUUUGAUUUCUUUUGUUGCAGAAUUUGCGAAUCAUGUGCUUAAUAUCGAGGAUCUUUACAAGAAAGGAUAUGAUGCAUCUGGUUUGUACGAUGAAGAGGUGUCCGAUGAAGCAGAAUUUUCAGAUGACGAGAAAGAGGCUGAAUACAGGAGAACACACAAACUGAAUAAAAGAGGCCAAAACAAUCAAAAUCCUCAGACGAUGGAAAAUGACCGGAUGAACGUUACACCGCAAGAUGGUUCCAUCCCUACAAUGUUUGUUGCACCUACUGCGCCGUUGGUUGCACCUACUGCACCAUUGGUUGCCCAUGGUCAUUUUUCACCUAUUCCAGGCACUGGACAAGGCUUUUUUGCAGCAAGUAAUGCAAAUCCACAAUUUUAUCCGGCCAACGCAGGUCCUAGCUCAUCUACAACUGGAGUUUGGACAAAUGGGCCAACACUUCCACCACAUCAGUUUGCAAUGCCUCCUAAUUGGGUUCCUACAAAUGGUGUUUCAUGGUACCCAGAAAAUACUCAAAUUUCCCAUCAGAUGCCGCCGGUACCAGGAAUUCCAUUUCAACAGCAGUUAAAUCCCAUCCAAAUGUUUCCUACACCAACUAAUCCCAUCCAAAUGUUUCCUACACCAACUAUGUAUCCUCCUGGAGUACAGGCAGAUACGUAUGCACAUGGGCCCAUGAAUCAAAACCAAUUUACAUUUGGAUUGAGGCCAGCCUACCCUCAGUUUCCGCCCCCUACAAAUUUUCAUUCAAGCUAUGUUUCAGGCAAUCAACAUGGUCCUCCGCAUCAAUUCGAUCCACCUAUAAAUUUUCAUUCUAGUUCUAUUUCAGGCUAUCAGAAUCCUCCACAAUUUCAGCCAUCAUUUAAUCUCGGUGCUUAUGAUGGUGGUGGGAGAAUGUUUUCUGGUGGCCGUGGGAGAAGACCAUUCCAUCGGGGUGGCAGAGGCUGGCGCCCUGUCAGGUGAAUGUUACUGUGUACUACAAUACAAUGCACAUGCACAUUGAAACAACUUCUCCGGUAGGAACAUUGUGGAAGGAAGCAGAGUAUGCUUCAUUUUCUUUUGUUCAUGGAAUCAAGAUGAAAUCACAACUUUGACAGGGUCGGUCCAACACGUUAUGAGGCCUAAAGCGAAAUUAUUAGAUAAGGCUUAAAGCGAAAUUAUUAAAUAAGACCUUUUCAAAAUUUAAUAAAUAAAUUAUUAAUAUUUUAUUUAAUAAUUAUAUAAAUUUUGUUUAACAAAAUUAAUGACAUUUUCAAAUCUAUUUUCUCUAUAUUUUUCAAAUAAUGAAAUAAGACAUUUCAACGGUUAUACGGCAACAUCAGACACUCAUGUAAAAUUUUCCAUAUUUUAGUUGAAUAAGAAAAGAAUGUGUAUAUAUUGUAGCACUCAAGUAACUCAUGUUAACUAUAUGUUCACUAUUUAUCUCA